AUGACGUCCCCCGUCAGCUCGCCGAGCAACAGCGUCCCCUCGAGCCCGCGCCGCGGCCUGUUCAGCCUGCCCGGCCUCAACCUCAAGAAGGCCAACGCGGGCGAUGUGACGCCCCCCAGCGGCAGCGGCGCCCAGACGCCCGGGGGCCACAUUACCCAGAUCGCCCAGACGCCCAUCCUCGAGUCGCACAACCCCAUGGACAAGGUCAACAUCCCCUCGGAGGCGCGCGAGCAGCACAUUGUCGGCCUCCACGGCGAGAAGCUCGACGACGACACCGCCAAAGUCCUCCUCGCACUCGACGGCACCGAUGCCGGAGACCGCGCGUUCAAGUUUGUCAUGGAGAACAAGGUCAUGUCCAAGAACAGCCACAUCUUCCUCUGCACCGUCCUGCCCGCCAACGUCGUCUCGACGCCCUGGGUCGCCGGCCCGCUGACGAUCGACACCAAGAAGCAGAACGAGCUGCUCAAGCAGAUCCGGCUGCAGGCCAUCGACAAGCUCGAGCCGUACAAGUCGCAGCUCAAGUCCAAGGGCUACAGCGUCACCAUCCACGUCCUCCACGGCGACGCCCGCGCCUCGCUCCUCCGCGUCGCCACCUUCCACUCCGUCGACCUCCUCGUCGUCGGCAAGCGCAACCGCAACUGGAAGAAGGGCCUUACCAGCGGAACCGUCUCGUCCUACCUCGUCUCGCACAGCACCGCCCCCGUCCUCGUCAUCAAGUAG